CGGAAGCAUUAAAAUAACUUCCUACAACAAUGUUUAAACCAAAGAAUUAAUCAACGCAUUUAUUAAAUAAUCAAAACAAGAAUAAUGACAUCAUCCACGGCGUCACAUAUCAACGUCCUCCGGGCUGGCCCUCUUUAUCCAAAUCCCUACCUGCGUGCAGUAAAAGAAAACAAAACUACACGCACAGCUAGAAGCUAAGUGAGAAAAUAUCUAACACUAGAAUUAAUUUCACAGAUAGUAUCGCAUUUAUAUAAUCAGCAACAUCAGUGAACAAUCAACAUUUAUUUUCAGAUACAAAGAUCCAACAGUUCCAAUUCAUUUAUUUCCAAAGGGCUAUUUCUGUCCCUACAUCACUAAAUCUAAAUUCAACAGACUAGAGUUACCGACUCUCGAGCAAAUCCCUCGAGGCCGAUGCUUAGACAAACCCAAAGAGAAUCUUCAAUGGGCGGGUUGGAGUCUCUACCAAGAAAUCCCUUGGUAGAACAGUGACUCCCGUACGUACGUUUUGAACCCUGAACCAGUGGAUAUGCAAACAUGCUCCACAGGCCCGAACUUAACAACAGUCAUAUUGGUGACUAAACUAUCCAAUUCAGUUCAAAUCCACCUAGGCAUACUAGGUGACCAAUUUUCAACAUAAUUCUCAAGUGAUAACAAGCACUUAAAUAUUUCCUUCCAUAAGCAGAACAACACACUCAGCGGCCUAUCGAAAGAAUCAUUUCUCACUGAUUGCCGUCAUGCUCAAAUAACAAGAUUAAAUGCAACAAUAUUUAAAUAACUUACCUGUGAUGGAACUAGGGACUAAGGACUUAUCCUGAGGCCCACUGCACCCGCCGGAACAGUACCAAUUACCACCGGAUCAGCCCGACAACCCGCCGAACAAACUUGGCGGCCCAAAAAUCAACCAAAGAAACCCUCCCGGCGGCUGCUCACCGCCCAGAAGCCCUACCACCACCUUGGGCAGCCGGCCCAAACAGCCCAAAACCUCCCCGGCAGCUUACAACCGGCCCGACAGUUGCCCAACCGGACAAAUCCAUCAAAUUGAACCCCAAAUCAAUCCAAUUACAACUAUUCGAACUCAAAUCAACCAAACCACAUUCAAAUUGACCUAAUUGAAACCCGGACAGACCCAAUUAAACCCAUUCGAACCCAAUCGCACAAGAAGCCACCCAAUUGGACCCGAAUUGUCCCAAUUGAACCAAUUGGGUCCAAAUUGGACCCGCCUGGUCUGUCCAGCACGCUACCCACAGCCACCGCCGACCAACCACCGGUUGGUCGCUGGAAAAACAGCCCCAAAUCCCCAAAUUCAAUUCCCCGAUCAAUUCAACACAAAAUCAACCAAGAAUCUCACAAUUGAAUGCAAGAAUUAUACAAACAAGAUCCUAAUCUACGAAUUAACGCUAACGGAAGAUAUUUGGACAACGAAUCACCUCGAAUUGAAGAAUUGAAAUCGGAUUCGAAGGGAAGGAGGAGUUUGCCGCUGCAACCCCCUAGUGCGGCCGGAGCAGCUGCGCGACAGGGAAGAGGGGGGAAACGGCGAUGGCGAUGGCGGAGGCGGCGUUCCGGGCGGACUCGGCGGUUUGCUGGGGUUGCUGGUUGACGUCGACGAAACAGACGCAGGGCAGAGGAGAGGAACAACAAAACGAACGGGAGAGAGAAAGAGUCACGGCUGUCUAUCUGGUAACUUCUGGGUAAGUGAGAGGUCUGAACCAUUAAGUGCUGAACCAGUAAGAGGUCUGAACCAUUAAGAGCUAGUAUAUUGUUUAACUAUUCAGAGGCAAAUGUCUGAUCAAUUCAGAUAAGAGCUCUUAACCAUUCAGACUCUGUAUAAUACUUAACCAUUCAGAGGCAAAUCUCUUAACCAUUCAGACAUCUGAACCAUUAAGAGGCUGAAACAAACAGUCUGAACCAUU